UUUCUUUUUUUUUUUGCGAUCGUUAUCAUAUCUACGUUUGCUCCUCGUUUCGAUAAAUAUCGAGGGAGAAAAAGUCGAGGAGAGAAAAAGAAAAAAUACUGCUCGAAUUUUAAACUCGUAGAUUUCGGAACGAAAACGAAAGCUACGAUGGGAUGGAAAAAGAUCUAUCUAGUUGCGUCGAUUUUUUUUUCAAUUCGAUGUUCAACUCGAACUUACUCGUUGCAGAGGUGCCGCUUUUCGACUCGAACAAUCCCAUUGUGCGCGAGCUCGUGCCGACAGCUGUCAAGCCGUUUUAUCAGGGGCCACGUUUUGCCUCCUGGAAUAUUUUAUCGUAAUUUAAAUUUACCGUGUAAGCCCGCCCUCCACAGCCAAGGAACCGUCCGCUCCAACAUCCGGCCGAUAUUUGCAUAUCGUGAAAAAUAUAUUUACAAAAGGUAAAUCACGAGUUUAUAUUCCGCUCUGUGUAUAAAAAUUACGAGAAAAAGUGGGAGAGCAACGAAACGAAGCUUGCAAGAGAUAAGAAAGGUGGAAACGAAGAAUUCGAAAUUAUUCAGGAUCGCGCUGAUGCACCCUGCACAUCGACUCCCGAACACCUCGAAAUCGUAGUAGCGCGUCAGCCUACGUGGAUGUGGAGAGAGAGAGAGAAACUACGUACGAGGAAUCUUGAAGACCGUGGGAACAUCGUCUCGAAGGGAUUAUCCUGUCCCCGAUCUUUUAAAUUACAAUACUCCCUUGCUGGAAUUGCUGUUUCGGAAACAACCUCGAAACAAACGAGGAUGAAUUUAAAUGAUUCCUUUCUCCAAUACGCGAAAAGUGUUUUAUCGAUUCCCAGGAUAGAAGAGAAUUUUACACCUUUCCUCCAAGAAGAGGAAGAAUCGUCGAAAACGAAGGAGAGAGAAAAGAAAAUACUCGCGAGUUGGAGAUUUCGACUUGCUCGGUUGAAGGAAGCUUUGCAAGCUCUCGAUUGCCAGCUAUCGCCGGGGAGAUGGAGAAACUUUCGUCGGGGAAACUCGAGAGAAGGAGGCUCGAGAUGUAUCGGGACCGAGAGGUACACGGGGGAGAAGGAUGUUCUUGGCGCGCCUCGGGCCGGAAGUUCUGUCCAAAUAUUUUAUAUGGGAGGAUGGCACAAUGGACAGGUCAGUGGCCUCGCUCUAAGAACAUUCUGUCGAUCUUUCCACAAAGAGGGGAGAACUCCUCCGCCUCCUUUUGUCAACCGAGAAGGAUUCACCACCAGGUUAACUUUCUUACUCGAGUAUGCUUCUACGCAGAGCACGGCAUUCGAAGCAAUCCUAGUGUAACGCUCGAUAACGUGUGGAAUCGAUGCCUGAAACGAGGCUAAAACCGUUCGAUUCAAAUUUCGUUAAUUCUGUCAAACUCGGGCAACGAUCGAUAUUAUCGUACCUCUCGAUGCUUUUCAAUCGUUUUGCGUCGUUCCAUGCGAAAAUGUCCGCCGAGUAUACGAGCGAACGCAGAGCUCUUAUCGAUAAUGGGCCGAUAAAAUUGAUAGACCACGUACGUGUAAAUUCACCUCUACGCGUUCUACAUCUUGCGUGUACUGCUACACUUUCCUCGAUAUCGACUCGUCUGCGUUUCUACUUUUAACAACGCCGAGAAUUUUAACCAUUUUUGCUUUUUAAACUUUAGAAAUUAUAUAUAUUUUUUUUAAAUUUAGCACUCCUCCGAGUCUCGUCAUUAUUUGUUAUUUAUUUGUUCGAAAAUAUAUGAAAUGGAUAUUUCUAAUUUUAGGUAAAAAGAAAUGUGUAACUUAUCACUUUAAAUUCUAUAUUAUAAAUAAUUUUAAUUUUAAUCUAACAAAAAUACGAUAAAUUGUAAAUCGCGAUUAGCCAUAGAUAAAUCGUUUCAAUUACGAAGAAUCGACAGAUAAACACACUUAUGAGAAAUAAAUCGAUAAUUCUUCUUACAAAAAAUCUCUAUAAUCGUUUGCUCUUACUCGCGAAGCGAUUAUAUUAUCUAUAUUAUCUAUUUUCUAAAAAAAAAAAAAGAAAAAAAGAAAAAAGAAACAUUUCCAAUCCUCGAUAACACGCGUUUUUUUCGCUCGUGAUUGGAAAAUAAGAAAAAGAAAAAAAAAUAUGGCGAUAAUAACCGAGUAAUACCGUGUCAUUAUCUUAUGCGCUGUUCGCUUUCUCGUUCGCCGGCCGUAAUAACGCGUAUUGGGGGAUGGCGAGGUGAGGUGGGUGAGCGCGAAUGAAUGAUGCAUGAGCCGAGGUGGAGAGGGGGAGGGGGGCGGUCAGCGUGGGCGGCGAAGAAACGCGGCGAAAAAUGGAUAAAGCGGAGCCGCGGAAUUGAACGCGCGAUCGUCGUUACGAACGAGGGCCGAAUCCAGUCACGUGGCCAUCGCUGAUUCCGAUAAUUCACCUCGCUUCCGCUUUUGCAGCUGUGUAAUAUUCCAUCCACGUGAAUCUACGUGGACGUAAGCUGUAAACAAGCUGCUCGCAGAAGAUGCCACGCAAGCGACGCGCCUCGACGCCGACACUGGAAGCGGACGAAGACGAAUUCGCGUCCGAGGGGAAGUACAGCAAGGAUGAUUUGGAGAGUCGUGCGCCGAGGAACGCGGCUAACGCGAGGGAACGGGCUCGAAUGAGGGUGCUAAGCAAGGCGUUUUGCAGAUUGAAAACGACUUUACCUUGGGUACCAGCCGACACGAAGCUCAGCAAAUUGGACACCCUCCGCCUUGCGGCUACGUACAUCGCUCAUCUUCGAGCGGUUCUCAGAGACGACGCAGACCCGCAUUCCGAGACUAGAUCUUUGUCUUUGGCCCUGUCGUGGCCGUUUACUUUUCAAAGUGGUAACGCUUCCAUGUUGAUGAACAACAGUUGCAACGUAUCAUCGUCAACUUCAUCGAGCCCUAAUCAGUACCGUGGUCAGCAGGGAGCACACGAGAUCCAGAAUUUCCAUCAUUCUGGACAUCAUCAAGCCAUGUCACUACGUCAUAAUCACGAGUCGCUUUCGUAUUUCUAAUAAAGCUUUUUUUAUCGAUAUACGAGAAAAGAACACUCUGUUCAAAAGGACAAAAAAAGGAAAAACUUUCUUCACUCGCAACAGCAAUAUUAUAUAAAAUCGUGAAAAUGAAAAUUUAUAUUUAUUUCAGAGUGCCUUAUCGUUUUUACUAUUUAUUGAUCUAUAUUCAUUUUAAGAGACAAUUAUUAUAAUAUCUUUAGAUUAGAUCCCAUUAUUGUAACCAAAGCGUAAAUACUAGUCCAAUAAAAUAUUUCUAUACAAUUAUAAA